UGUCUUGCUUUGAGUCCCCUCCACUCUGUACUACACCCCUUGUGUUGUCACCCGAACCGGGAAUUGUCUCCGUCUUCUCUUCAGCGAAAUGGCACCAAAGAAGGACCCUAAGGCUCCCGCCAAGAAGGCCGAACCUGCACCGGCACCUGCAGCUGCGCCUGCACCGGCGCCCGAACCCGCUGCUGCUCCCGCAGCUCCCGCUGUCAACCUGUCCUCCGUCAAGAUUGAGUUCAGCGCAGACCAAAUUGAUGACUACAGAGAGGCCUUUGGCCUGUUCGACAGAGUGGGUGACAACAAGGUGGCUUACAACCAGAUCGCCGACAUUAUGCGCGCUCUGGGACAGAACCCCACAAACAAGGAGGUCACCAAGAUGCUGGGAAACCCCUCCGCUGAUGACAUGGCAAACAAGAGAGUAGAGUUCGAGGCUUUCCUGCCCAUGAUCCAGACCAUCGUCAACAGCCCAAACAAGGCAGGGUACGAGGACUACGUUGAGGGUCUGCGUGUGUUCGACAAGGAGGGCAACGGCACAGUGAUGGGUGCUGAGUUGCGUAUUGUCCUGUCAACACUGGGAGAAAAGAUGAACGAGCAAGAGAUUGACGCACUCAUGGCAGGACAGGAGGACGAGAACGGCUGUGUCAACUACGAGGCCUUUGUCAAGCACAUCAUGUCAGUGUAAGGACCCUGCCACUGCGGUGGGGAUCAUCGUAUAAGUGCAGACCCCAUGGUGUCGCGACAUCCACUCACUGUUUCCGGUACCAUCUGAGGAAGCAGGGGAACAAAGGACUAUGAGAUGUCAUUUCCUGAAGUAUUUUGUUUUGUUCCAAAACAUUUUUUUUUUUUUUCCAACUGGUGCUUUUUUUCUCUCCUCCUCCUCCUCCUCCUCCCACCAUUAGGGAAGCCAUCCCAACAUCAUCUUCACCUAAGUCCUCCUGUUUCCUUUUUUUAAUCGUCACUGGUUUUCACAGUGGAACAGUGAUGGAGGGGAAGGUCAGAUAAUGAUGAUCCUCUCGUGUCACUUUACUGUCCGGCUGGCUCUCUAUCUGCCAGUUAGGUGACUGAUUUUGGCCCAGGACUGGCCAUGAAAAUGAAACCACUUCUCACCGACCCACCCCGACGUCUUAACUUAUUGUAUCCUCUGCCAUUUCACAAUAAAAUGUUCACAAACUCCCA